AACAGUUGACGUUGUCAUUCAUCGUCCACUCUCUUUCCUUUUCCCACAAACAUUCUACCAAAACACAAAGACACGCAAUACAAUUGAUUCCCACCAACAAAGAUUCAUCUCCCAACAAUUGGGUAUUCUAAAAAACUGAUUUUUAUAGAGAUCCACUCACCUAAAUCUUAGAAUUGUGAAGAAAAAGGUGGUUGUGUUGUUGGGGGUGCAAUAUGUUUGGAUGCAAAUGUUUUCGUUGGAGCAAAAUUUCAGAUCUUUAUUCCAGAGAACCUGAUACAUUUACUCUCCCUGCACCAAUCCCACAAUGGCCUCAAGGUACAGGGUUUGCUAGUGGAACAAUUAAACUAGGGGAAUUGGAGGUUAAAAAAAUCAGCAAGUUUGAGUUUGUCUGGGCUUGUAAUCUGUCACAAGAUCGGAAUCAGGGUGUUAGCUUUUAUAAGCCAAGGGGGGUGCCUGAUGGAUUUUUCAGCCUUGGCCACUACUGCCAAUCUAACAACAAGCCUCUACGAGGGUUUGUGCUUGUUGCUCGGGAAGUGGCUAAACCUGAGCCAGGUGAUCAUUGCAAUGGAAAUCCUUGUUUGCCUGCGCUUCAGAAUCCCCUUGAUUACACGUUAGUCUGGAGUUCUAAUGAUGGAAUUGAAGAAAAUUUCGAUGGAUCUGGUUACUUCUGGUUACCUCAACCACCUGAAGGUUAUAAAGCCCUGGGGUUCAUUGCGACUAGUAAGCCUGUUAAACCUGAGUUAGGGGAAGUUAAAUGUGUUCGAGCUGAACUCACUGAUGAAUGUGAAGCUUACCGCUUGAUACUCAAAACCAGCUCUGUGCUUUCAGAAGUACUGGCAAUUUGGAGCAUAAGACCGCGGCAUAGAGGAUUGCAUGGUAAAGGUAUUUCAGUUGGUACCUUUUUCUGUAGUAGCUAUUGGAGCACGGGGCAAGAGCUAAGCAUCGCUUGCCUAAAGAACUUUGAUACGAGUCUACAAGCAAUGCCAAACCUUGAUCAGAUUCAUGCAAUCAUUAGGCACUACGGUCCUACUUUGUUUUUCCAUCCCGACGAGGCCUAUCUUCCAUCUUCUGUACAAUGGUUCUUCGACAAUGGCGCAAUGCUCUAUAUGAGAGGUGAUUCAGUUGCUAAGCCUAUUGAGCCUGACGGUUCCAAUUUACCUGGUGAUGGGACAAACGAUAACCAAUGCUGGAUUGAUUUGCCAAGCGAUGUUCAGAGGGAUAUUGUCAAGUUUGGAAACUUACAGAGUGCAAAACUUUAUGUUCAUGUGAAGCCAGCCUUAGGUGGUACUUUCACGGAUCUUGCAAUGUGGAUUUUUUGCCCCUUCAAUGGGCCAGCUACUCUAAAGGUAGGGGUAGUGAAUGUUCCUCUUAGCAAAGUCGGCCAGCAUGUAGGUGAUUGGGAGCAUUUCACUCUUCGAGUGAGCAAUUUCACAGGAGAGUUGUGCAGUAUCUAUUUUUCUCAGCACAGUGGUGGUGAAUGGGUGGAUGCUUAUGAUUUGGAGUUUAUUGCAGGAAAUAAAGCUAUUGUUUACUCAUCAAAAAGUGGUCAUGCUAGCUUUCCUCAUCCUGGAAAUUACAUUCAAGGGUCCUCAAAGCUAGCGUUUGGAAUUAGAAAUGAUGCUGCCCGCAGUAAUCUCUACGUAGAUUCAAGUACCCAUUAUGAAAUUAUGGCAGCAGAGUAUCUCGGCCAUGCAGCUGUCAGUGAGCCGUGUUGGUUACAAUAUAUGAGAGAGUGGGGUCCAACCAUUAUUUAUGACUCAAGAAAGGAGCUUGAGAAAAUUGUUAGUCGCUUGCCAAUGAUGGUUCGGAAUUCAGUACAGAGUAUUUGUGAUAAGUUGCCAAUGGAACUGUUUAAGGAGGAAGGCCCUACUGGACCAAAGGAGAAGAACAAUUGGUUUGGAGACGAAAGAUGGUAGUACAUUUCUUUUUUCUGUCUAUGGGUAUCUUAUUCUUGCCAGUAGAUCACAAUUGGCUUGUUGGAGUUUGUUGUACCAUAAUGUACAGAUUCCUCUUACUCUAUGACUCCAGUGUUCAAAUUAAAAGUUAAGUACGCGAGAUGCAAUGGAAGUAAGAGGUGGAGAAAUGGGCUUUGUAGUUGUUUUGGCUUAGUACUUUGUGAGGGCUACUUUGAGGAUCCUACAAGUUUAUAGUCCACAGCAGGAGUUGUGUUGAUUCUUCGGUUAUCUGUACAAGGGUAGCAGAGCAACCAAGAGGACAUCAAGCACGCGGUAAUCCUUCAUCUUAAAGUAAAUUGAUUCUUGACUUCUUGUUAUGGCCAUUUUCGCUCUGCAACUAUCGCAAUGUACUGCUUCUCUUUCAUUGUGACAUCAGGUUAUUCUUUGCCGAGCUGCGUAAAGAUUAUUGAGGAAAUUCCUCAAUCCAUAUCCUAACCUUCAUUCUGGGUUAAAGAAAAUGACUUCUGUAUAUACCCUCUGUCGUUUCUUCUCCCUGCGGACGUUCACUAAUUUAUAGGCAAGCUAUGCUGGUGUAGUGUUUGGCAUUAGCGGUCUCCAUGCAUCCACUAAGCUUAAGCAGGCAGACACUUGGGAGAGUGACCGGCUGGUUCGCAGAUAAAGUCAUGAAGAGAUCAUAGUGCCUCAUUGUCAUAUGGGGAUUAGUAACACUGGAUUGUUUACUGCAGAUGCUCUUUUUAGUGAAUGUUUGCUUCAUUGCAUUGAA